UUGAUGUUAUCUUUUCAGUUAAAAAAAACAAACAAGAAAAACCGAUGUAACUUCCUGGAAACAAGCAAUGUGGCAAGGACUUAAUAUAGGAAGUCUCCCCUGAGAGUAAAUCAGUCUCUAUCUGAAGAGAAGACAAGCACCUUCGUCAAGAGAAGAAAUCGUACUAACUGCCGUCCAGAAGACGAUGAAUAACUCAAAUUGUUCAGUCAACCGUGAGUUUAUAAAAAGGUUCCUGGUUCCUGUUUACAGCUCAGUCCUUAUCAUCGGUCUGCUGGCUAAUGGAUGGGGAUUGAAGUCUUUGCUGCAGAACUGGAACAAACUAGGUAACGUGAACGUGUUUGUUCUCAACCUUGGACUUACAGACAUUCUGCACCUGCUCACACUCCCGUUUUUGAUCGUGUACUAUGCCAUGGACCGUAAUUGGAUCUUUGGAGAUGCGUUGUGCAAGAUAACAAGAUUCUGCUUCAACCUGAAUUUAUAUGGCAGCAUUGGGUUCCUCACCUGUAUAAGCGUGUACAGAUACCUGGCCAUCGUUCAUCCAAUGAGGGUGAUGGGAAGAAUAACUGUCACCCACACUGUGGCUAUCUCAGUCAUGGUUUGGCUCUUGGUGAGCGUUCAAUGUCUUCCGGACAUGUUCUUCACCAAAACAUUGGAAAACAACACCGAAAAAUGCCUUGACACCGUUGACAAGGACGUUGAGCGCUACCUGGAAUACAACCUUGGAUGGGCACUCACUGGAUUUUGUAUCCCAUUCCUCAUCACGCUGGGCUGCUAUGGACACAUGAUCGUCGUUAUCUGCAAGACAAAUCGCAUUGACAAGGUACUGAAACAGAGAAGUUUGAAGUUGUUGUUCAUCACGAUGCUUCUUUUCUCUGUUUGUUACAUCCCCUAUUUUGUAACCAGAAAUCUCCACCUCUGGUCAAGAGUUCUGACUAAACAGAGGGACUGUCGCGGAUGGUUUAAUGGAGUCCUGUUUGCUCGUCGGAUAAGUAGUGGCCUUGUGUGUAUGAACAGCGCUCUCAACCCUCUAGUUUACCUCCAUGGAAAUGAAAACAUUGGUGCUCAGCUCAUGCAGCUCCUCCAGCGAGCCUGGCAAGCUGUCAUACAGCUGUUCAACCGAUGUAGUCAUGUUCCCGUGGUGCAGAUUAUCUGAUAUGUGAAUGAAAUUGCAGAAUUGUAUUGCAUCAUUGAUUAUUGUGUUUGAGCUAUGUGGCUGUCAUAUUGUUGUUAACAUGCAAAAUAAAUAAAAAAUAAAGUUCAUUUGAAA